UCCUGUUAUGUAAUGAUAUAAUGGUGAUUUACGGAUCGCACAUGGCACCAGUGAUGCCCGAGGAUUCCUAACCCCGUUUUUGUUUGGUUUGAUUUGUUGUUGUUUUUUUGUUUGUUUGUUUUAUGUGUUUGUUUUUUAAUGGCACCCAUGUCAACGCUUCUGUGGCUCCUGAUCUGCGUGGUCGCCUUUGCAGGAUGCGCGGCCGAGGUGUGUGCGGGAACGCGCUGCCCGGGCGCUUGUGCAGGCGGACGGUGCGCCUCGGGUCGCGCGGAGACGUUGAGGCGCCCGGCCGUACCGUACACCAUCAUUCACCCGCGCCACCAGGAGAACACCAGGAGUAACAGUGACACGACGGAGGCGCAGGCGCGAGCACAAGCACGCGACGGAUGCGCUGGAGACGGGCAGUGCGCGCAGGCCAAGCGCCGUCCGUGCGCCGGGCGCGAGUGCAUUACGCACAUGCGCGACGGAACAGAGCGCGCGCCCCGGGAGUUCGGAACCCAGAACGGGAUUCAGCUCGCGUGUGACGUCAAGUCAGGCACUAAUGAAGUCCCCUCUGAGGAUGCCCUGGUGCUGCAGAUUCACUUGGCUAAGGGGCAGGAGAAGCUUGUGCAGGAGCUCCGAGCUCAGCAGGAUGAGGUCAGGCAUCUCCAGAAUGGGUUGAAGGAUCAGCAGGACAUCCUGCAGGCCCAGCAGAAGGAGAUUCUGGAACAACAGCGGAGGAUUUUCGACCAGAUGGAGCAAGUGAAGGUGCAGUACCGCCUAGUUACGGACAUCUUCAGAAAUGCUGACCAAUACAAAGAUCUCGAGAGUCAUCUGGACAGCAUCAGAUCUGAGAUAAGGACACACACCAUGGAGGCUUAUACCAUGCCUACGGUGGACAUGGACGAGAGUGUGAUGGAGUUUGGAAGGCAAAUGCGUGGUUGCAGCUCAUGUCAAGCAAAUGAGUAUUGUGAUUUUAGUGGGGCUUGGCCGAGAUGCGAGAAGUGUACCGUUUGUCUACCAGGAUUUUUCCUGGUGUCCCAGUGCUCCAUUCACUCUGACAGGAUGUGUCAGGACAGAGAUGAAUGUUUGGAGAUACAGCACUUAUGUGGUGAUGAACAUCAGUGUCUCAACACGCCAGGUGGAUUCAGAUGUACAGGAAUGUCAGCAGAAGACGCAGCUGCUGGAAUGUGCGGUCACUCUUAUUUCUACAAUACCGAGCUGCAGGAAUGCCAGGCUUGUUCAGAAUGUGAUUCCCAGAACAUGGCAUAUUCUUGCUCAGCUAUGAGGGACACAGUUUGUUCCAGCUCAUCUGAGACCAGAUUGUCCCUUUCCUGGUAUGGCGAGGUGUCUCCAGUCCAAGGUGCCAAGUUUCCCAACAUGCAGUUGCACAUCCAAGGCCACAGUGAUGGAACACUUGUUUCUUGCACAAACAGUUGGUUAGUUCUGCAUCAGCACGGACUUGUCUGGGUCGACCAUAACCUAGCUUUGAGGCACGGAUGCCGUAGUUUUGUCCAAGCUGGCUUGAGGGUGAAUUCCAGCGAGGAUGGAGGAAGGGACCUAAGCGGUGUGCGCAUGGAGCAAAGGGACGGAAAAUCCCUCCAGAGCAUCAGUGUAACUGGGGUGACCAUUGUGGAUCCAGGUCACACAUUGUCCCUGUUUCUCAAGAGCACUAGUAAUCAUUGUAAUGCUGAAAAUGAGAGAGUGCACCUUCAAAGUGGCCUUGUGGCACCAUUCAGCUUGCUUUGGCUUUCUCAUGAUACGGGUGCUGUAGCUAUGACUGCUCAGACAGUGGUUUCAGCUCAUUUCCAUACCAAUUACCAACCUUCCUUUCGUACGUCUUCCGUCUCUGAUCCCUACAUGGUGACUCUGACCCAUGACAAUCGUGGUAUACGCUUUACAGAGAAGGGCACAGUGAAAUUUGUCCUGCAACAAGCAGUCUACUCAAUGGGUCAAGCCUGUAUAUCUGAGGGAUUCUUCAUGCUAGUUUAUGUCAACCGCAACGGAAGCAGUGUUGAACUGACGCGAGUCUUCAAGCCCGGUGUUCACUACAGAGACACAUCCAUAUCUCUUUCUGCUGCCGCCGCAGUGGAUGCUGGAGACACUCUCACUUUUGAAAUUCUAGCACCAGCGGAGUGCAGUGUGCGGUACUUCAGUGACGACUCUGGAAUUAGCAUGCUAAGUCUGAUGUGGAUCCCAUCAUCUGUGUCCUCUUCCCUAUCAGCUACAGUAUCCAACAGAGGUCUUCCAUUUGGUGCUGUAAGGAACAAGCCCUUGUUUUUUCACCAAACAUCUCCUGCAGUGGCUCAACUAGAACUAGCUAGCACAAACAAGCCACACGCACAUCGUAAUUUUAUCUUCAGGGAGGCAGGAACAGCUAGCAUAGCUCUGGACUUGAGGCUGAUACACUCCUGCAGCGUGAUUGAACUUACUUUGGUUCAGCAGGGAACAACACCAACAGUCCUCGCUCGCCAAAUCGGGGGUCAGAUGCCAGAAGGGAGUGAAUGGGCUAGCUUAGGCCUCAGGGUGUCAGUUAUGGUGCAAAACAGCACUGAAGUGUACGUCACAGUGGACUGCGUGCGCGGGCGCAUUAACCAGAUCGCCCAUGAAGCAGGAAGUAGCAUUUCCUUUCUCUGGAUUGCAGCAUGAAUUUAACAGGAAGUUAUAGCUUUUAUAUCUUCUACAGCAUAACAAAAAUUAAGGAAGUCAGAGGUUUUCGCAUGUUUGUAGCUUUAUAUUUAGCUUAGCACAGAUUGCGGUGAUUAUCUAGACUAGCGUGAUUAGCAUGAUUAUAUCUUGCUAGUUCUCAUGGUGACACUGAAUGAUUUUUUUUUAUAUUGUUAAAUGAUAGCUAUGUGACAACAUGCUGUGUGUGUGUGUGUGUGUGUGUGAGAGUGUGUUUGUGAAACUCAUUGCCAUUGUCUAUAUAGCUUAGCUUUAGCAUUGAGGUUACAGCCUGCGUUCAUGUUUAAAUCUUUUUGAGUUUUAUUUUGUUUAAUUAUACGUAUUUAAAUGUCAAGUAAACACUUUAUUCAGCUGCUGUCAUGUGGGUUUAACGUUUAUCGUUUAAAAUGUUUAUCUUAAUAACCAAAGACUAGUAUUUAUAUUCAGAAUAUAUCAGUGUGUAUUGUGUCAGCUAGUACCAUAACAGCAUAUCUUACUUUUCUAGGAUUUUUGUAACGGCAUUUAAUUUUUUGUGACACAUUUAUUCCUUAAUACCAAAUGUAGCUGUGGCUGUUUUAUAAAUCAGUCCAUAUGAGAACAAGACAAUGCUGUGAAUGAAGUGAAUAUAUCAAUACAAAGUGCCUGAAAAAGCUAAAACGUCCCACACGCUAUGGGUAGCUAAUGUCGGCUAAAUGAAUAGCCUCGUUAGUUAGUUAGCCUUGACUAGAUUUAUUAAAGUCAGUAAUGCAGAUGAAAUGGAGAUGAGGACCUACAAACUAUAAGCUUGCUGGCAUGUACAUAGCAUUAGCUCACAUUAGCAUCUACUG